CAGGAACGCUAUAAAUUCCCUGCCUCAAGCACUCUGGCACCUGUGCCGCGCCUAAAUAGUUAGCGAAACAGUUGCAGAGAAGAUGGAUUACAUACUGAGGACCUUGAGGACGAAGCAGGAAAUAGACUCCAUAAUCAGAGACACCAUUGAUAAAGUCCUCGUCCUCCGUUUUGGCCGUGCAUCCGAUGCCGUUUGUCUCCAGCUCGACGACGUCCUUUAUAAAUCCGCGGCGGAGGUUUCCAAGUUCGCGACGGUGGCUUUAGCAGACGUCGAUUCCGAGGAAGUACAAGUUUAUGUGAAGUAUUUUGAUAUAACUUUGAUACCUUCUACGGUGUUCUUCUUCAAUGCUCAUCAUAUGAAGAUGGAUUCUGGGAGUGCAGAUCAUACCAAGUGGAAUGGAGCAUUUCAGACAAAACAGGACUUCAUUGAUGUGGUGGAGGCAAUAUAUAGAGGGGCCAUGAAAGGCAAGCUGAUUGUAACCUGUCCUCUUCCUCCGGAGCGAAUACCGAGAUUUCAAUUGUUGUACAAAGAUGUGUAGGAGGUAAAUCCUAUGAUUUUGCUCACUCUGAUUUAUGUUGGGAUCUUAUUCAUCUGAUGGUAGGAUUGGUGUUUGAGACAUAUAUAAUGACAUCAUUAUGAAACAUCAAAUGAUAGAAAACUUUCAAACAA